GUCUUUGAUUUUUCUUGAUAAUUCGGCUCAGCUUUCAGAAUUUCAGACAAUGGCUAUGCUGGACAAGAUAGGUGAAAAGAUUGAGAAUCUCAACCUGGGAGGAAAACCGAAGACCCCAACAACGCCUUCCAGUAAUGAUCAGACUUUCAAAGUGGAACGAACCUUCGAUCCUAGUCAAUACAACAUUGAAGACGGAGAAACGACUUACAUGGUGGAUCCGCAAUCUCGGAAAGACUCCAAACUGAUUGAGUUGAUGACAGCUUUAUUGGAUUGGAUCAAUAAUGAGCUAUCCCAGUACGGAAUUGUAGUCAAGGAUAUCGAAGAAGACUUGUUCGAUGGGUUAGUCCUCGGUCAGUUGCUUGUUAAACUAACUGGGCGUCAGUAUGAUUUCCAGGAACUGACUGGAUCUCUGGUGGAACAACGACAGAAGAUGGAAAGAAUCGUGGAAGAGUUCAACUACUUGUUGCAACUAGACCAGUCUAACGAUUGGGAUGCAGAAUUAAUUCACGAGAAGGAUCUAGUUGCAAUAUUGAAAUUUCUCGUUAGCAUCUCAAGACAAUUCAAAGCACCGGUUCGGAUACCCCCCGAUGUCACAGUCCGGUUGGUUGAAGUUACCAAGAAAGAGGGCAAAUUAGUCCAUAAUUACGUAACUCUCCCAAUCACCGGCUCAGAAAUUGACGGAAUUUUCCAAGAACCAGACGCAUUUGACGAGCUGUUUGAACAGGGAUCGAAGGAGAAGUUACAAACUGCGAUUAGUAUUCUGAGAGCGUUCGUGGAAAAGAUGAUUCGAGAUAUUGACUAUGAAGUGAAGGAUGAGCCUCUGGAGGUAAUGAUGCAUGAUGGUGUUUACUUCAUCUUCAUAAUAGCAAUUGUGGAGAACUUCUUUGUGCCUUUCAACAACAUUCAUCUCACGCCUAAGAGCAAAGAGGAAAAACUGCAGAAUAUGAAGAUUGCGCUUCAACUCAUGCAAGAUUGUCAAAUUGCAAAGCCGAAGAUAGUUCCCGAGAAUAUCGUGGAAGGGGACUUGAAAUCCAUCCUCAGAUUUCUGUACAUUAUCUAUGCUCAGAGCAAGAGAUACUAACUCGAACUUUUAGUAUUUUAAGAAAUUAAUAACCUAAUUGCAUCAAAUGAAAUAGUACAUCAUAAGAAUAUUUUAAAAAACUAACAAAUUUUUAAGAGCGUAUGUUUCGCUCAUCUUAGCUUUUAAAUAUUUUCAUUUCAAAGAUUUAGAUAGGCUUUUGAUACAUGUUUGA